ACCAAUCCCAACACCAAUCCCAACCCAUUUUCUUUUUGAUACCCGGCCCCAGGCAUUAACUGACGUUCUUUCUCUUUUUUGUGCGUGUGUAUUUUCUUUGUCUUCUGAUUGUAUUGAUGAUGGUUUUCAAAGUAUUGAUAUUCAAUAUCAUCAUUGUAUUCUUGGAAAUGAAUCGGAAAUGAAAUAAAUUAAUGAAAAAGAAUUUGCGUGCAGUAAUUCUUUUGUAUUAGAUCCUUGACAAAGACUACUUGCAAAGUGACGUGUCUGUGAAGCCUGAGGUUCUGUGAAUUGAGCUAAAUUUAUCUCCAAAAUGGCACCAAAGAAUGAUGAUGUGGACGAAUUAUUUGAAGUGAGGAACUCAUUUUACAUUGGAAGCUUUCAACAGUGUAUCAACGAAGCCCAAAAGUUAAAGCCUUCAAAUCCAGAUUUGGUACUUUCAAGGGAUGUUUACAUGUACAGAGCGUAUGCUGCUGCGGGUCGAUAUGGAGUGGUUUUGGAUGAGUUGUCGAGUGCUUCAUCACCAGAGCUAAAUGCCGUACGCCUCUUUGCUGAUUACCUUGCCAACCCUGAUAAGAGAGACAAGGUUGUAUCUGAAUUGGAGAGUAAGAUGAGCAGCAGUGUGGAUGCUAACAGUGAUACCUUUCUACUAAUGGCCGGAUCUAUCUACUACCAUGAACAGAACUAUGAUUCAGCCCUGAGAUGUUUACGGCAGUCUGACUCACUGGAAUGCAUUGCAAUGAGUGUACAAUGCUACUUGAGUUUGGAUAAAGUUGAUCUAGCAAGGAAAGAAGUGAAGAAAAUGCAGGAAAAGGAUGAUGACGCCACCCUUACACAGCUAGCACAAGCAUGGUUUAAUUUAGCAGUGGGAGGUGAGAAGUUGCAGGAUGCCUUCUACAUCUUCCAGGAGCUAGCGGACAAGAACUCCUCCACCUCGCUCCUUCUCAACGGUCAAGCCUCGGCUUACAUGCAGCAGAACAAGAUGGAGGAUGCCGAGGAUAUCCUCCAGGAAGCCAUCAACAAGGAUAGCAACUGUCCGGAGACACUUAUCAACAUGAUUGUACUCUCACAACAUAUGGGAAAAGCACCAGAGGUGACCAACCGCUACCUGACACAACUGAAAGAUUCACACGCCAAACAUCCAUUUAUAAAGGACUAUUUAGAAAAGGAAGCAGAGUUUGAUCGCUUAGCAACCCAGUACGUCUCCAGCUAGAGGUCGCAGUCUGUUUGUAUGAUGUCAUUCCAUGUGAAAUAAAGAACUUUAUUCUCUGUAAAUAGAUUCAUAUUAUGUCCCUUUCUAUUUGGUAUGACUUCAAGGAUGAACCACGUAGGUUUAUGCUCUUGGUAUCAUGUGGAAGGUUUAAGGUUCAAAUCUGACUCGCUGCCUUUUUUGGUCAUUUGGGCCAGGGCCUUGUAUAAGUACAUGUAACUAUGUCAUGGUAACUUCAGUGGCUGUUGAGUGUUGUUACCAUGGUAGUUACUAUACAGAAUUGGUGCAGUAGUUCACUUUAUGCAUCAGGGUCUUGUUAUGUUCCUAUUAAAGGUAAAAGACAGUAGUUGCAGCAAAGAAUUAUUUCACGAGAAAGUCUUUUAAAUCAAGGUUAAUUGUCAAAAUAUUAUCAUACAUCUAGAUCUGGUACAUUAAUGUAAACUUAUCUUUGUAAAAUCGUGAAAUCUUAGCUCAAAAUCGAUAAUGAUGAUCACUAAUACGGAAACGCAUAUGUAGGACAAUGUAUAAAUAUUGUUUCAAAAAAAUACCCGACAUUUGAUGGAAUUCUGUGCUUGUUUUGCUAAUUUCUCAGCAAUUACGCAUUUUCUUCCGGAGCUAUUUGGCACAUAUUUUUUUACUUAUACAUACAAACACUUUGGUGGUAAUUUCAUUGGUGUCCGUUAGAAUUCAUUUUGAGAUCGUCACCACAACUGGUAUUUAUCUUUAAGACUAAUGUCCCCUACCUCCAAAUAUCUGUACAGAUAGCGCCUAAGGCAUCAAUGAUGUACUCAUUGCUCUUCACAAAUCAUGUCAUUUCUGGCAUUUUACUUUUAACUGGCUAUACUUUGGGUUAAAUGAAUCGUAGCAUUUUAUUUAGAGUAAAAGAGAGACACUGACCCGUGUACUAGACUUAUUUAUAAGAAAUUAUGAUUUAUUAUAAUUUUUUGUAAAAUUUCCUUAAUUUUAUUUAUGAAAUUAAUCUGUACACUACGUUUUCCUGUUAAGCCUGAUAAAUGAAAAUCUGUGUAUUUCUAAUUUCCCCUGUUAAGUUAGCUCAAGGAAUGGAAAAAGAAUUAAAUCGGGUCAUCAAAUCUUGAUUUAUACAAAGGUUUAUCUUGAGGGUAUGUUACUUUUUGUAAUGAAGUUUUGUCACAUUGUCAAGACCUGAGAUGUACAUGGCUAAAGACUAGAUCCAAGUAUAUUUUACAAUGUGCAUUGCAUUUAGCAAUAUUUAUUUAUCUGUUGUAAACAGAAUCAUGUAUGUGCAGAAAUGUCCAUUCGUAGUAUCUUCAUAUUACAAUUUUUAUGGACGAGAAAAACACGAAUUUUACGAAAUACAUUUUAAGAGAAAAGGGAUUUCUUAUUUUUGAAAACCUUUUUAAACCCUGCUAUUCAUCUCAUACAAAUUUUUUGCAAGUGUCUGUCUGGAAACAUCUAUGGCAGCUCAAUGUAACACAGUUUCAUCUCUUUCAACACAAAAAAAUAAGUUCCUAGAUCUAUUCAGUCUUUUUAAAGAAUCAAGAUUUCAGCUCAAACACUAAAUGUCAAGAAAACAUUCUUUUAACUUCUGUAAUAUUUUUCUGGUCAACAAUGCAGACAUGUUUAAAAUAUGUAAAUUUGAUAUAGUGUAUUCUGACAUUACUCACAGAAUAAACAGUAGCACUUAUUCAUAA